AUGGCCACGCUCCAGAGCUUCCCCAGUUUCAGAAUCGCUCAACAUGAUCCUCUCUUACCUUUCCUCUGGUCUAUCAGGAAAGCUCUAGAAGAUUCCAACAAUUCAGGUCAGAAUCUCAUUAAGUUACUCAGCGAUUGCAUCAGAAACUUCAAGGACAGUGACCGGUACCGAAACGACGUCAGAUUUCUCAAGAUUUGGCUCCUCUAUAUGGGAGUUAGUGCAGAUUUUGAUAGUGUAUUCAAAGAAAUGCUGGAUAGUGAUGUAUGUGCCAAUAAUUCUUCACUUUAUGUGUGGUCUGCGUGUUUUUUUGAAUUGAAGGGAAGAUUGCGCGAUGCCCUCACCGUCUAUCAGCUCGGCAUUUCAAGGAAUGCGGAGCCAGUUGAGUGGUUGAAGAAGGCGCACACCUUAUUUCUCAAAAGGAUUUCUGAAAUAUCGAAUGCGGCUUCAAGUCAGAAGGUUGAUUAUAAAGAAUCCAAGAAAUUGGAACAUAGUGCCAUUAAUCCAUGGGGCACCUCCACAAUGGAUGACCUGCUGAAGAAGAUAUAUCCAUUAUUUACAAAAUUUGACGGGUAUUAUUCGAGCACUAAACCUUACGCAGGAAAAGUGGCCUUAUCUACUUUGAAGAGUUCAUCGAGGAAUAAAGUUAUAGAGAUAGGUGGAAAGAAGUACCAUAUCAAGGGUUGUGCUGGACAGGGUGGUUUUGCUCAAGUAUAUAAGGCAUAUGUCAACAGUGAUCCUGACAAUGUUGUUGCACUAAAGAUACAAAAGCCAGCUUUCCCUUGGGAGUUUUACAUGUAUCGUCAGCUUGAUCAGCGCAUCUUAGGCAGAGAAAGGUCAAGCUAUGGUUUUGCUCAUAGAAUUCAUCUCUAUUCUGACUAUAGCAUACUUAUCUGUGACUAUUUAGCUCAUGGGACGCUACAGGAUGUCAUAAACUCAUACGCGGUCAUAGGAAAAUCCAUGGAAGAAGUCUUAUGCAUUUAUUACACAACAGAAAUGUUACACAUGGUUGAAACUUUGCAUGAUGUUGGCUUGAUUCAUGGGGAUUUCAAGCCUGAUAAUCUGCUUAUUCGCUAUGCUAGGGGUGACCUUACAGAAGAUGGGCUCUUGGACCGAAGUGGUCCUUGGUGUGAUCAGGGUCUUUGCCUUGUUGACUGGGGAAGAGGGAUUGAUCUGCAUCUCUUUCCAGAUAACACAAUAUUUAACGGAGAUUGCAGAACUUCUGGUUUUCGCUGCAUUGAGAUGCAAGAGGAUAAACCGUGGAAAUUUCAGGUAGACGCAUAUGGCCUAUGUGCUGUUGUCCAUACGAUGUUGCAUAACAAAUAUAUGGAUAUCGUCAAAAAAGAAUCAUCUGAUAGGGGCUACGAGUAUCUUCCUAGACUACCCUUUAAACGUUACUGGAAUGUUGAACUCUGGAAGACUUUCUUCACUAAGAUGCUAAAUCAAUACCCCGGGAAUGAUGAUAGAAGGUUGCUACAGGACUUGAAGAAGUCCUUCCAGGACUAUAUGAGCUCCAAUCCCCAGCUUAUAAAGAAACUAAAAGAUUUACUCGCGAAACAAAGGGCUUCCUUGUGUUCUGCUUAG